AAGAUAAUUUCGUCCUCAUGACACCUCCGUGUUGAAAUCUCAACCACAAGCUUCUUUUCUUCUUCUUCGUCUUCUUCGUUAGCAAGGUGUGCCUAUCACUCCAUUGGAUUGGCCUCUUCCCUUCUGAAACACAAACACCUUACCAAGCAAGAAAGCUAACUUGCCAAAAAGUAACACCAUGGGUACUGUUAUCGACUCCCAUUUUCUAGCCCUCACCGCCAUCGUCACUAUUGGAUAUCAGUUUGUGUUUUUUGUGAUCACUGCACUACUCAAAUUCGACAAAAUCACUGAUUUUGCGGGAAGCACGAAUUUCAUAAUACUUGCUAUAUUGACCCUCGUCCUGAAAAGUGCAUGGUAUUUUCGACAGGUAAUCCUGUCUUUGCUUGUUGUGUUAUGGGGUCUUCGCUUGGGUCUUUUCCUCUUAUUUAGGAUUUUGCAAUGGGGAGAGGAUCGCCGUUUUGACGACAAGCGUGAUAAUCUGGGAAAAUUGGCAGUAUUUUGGACACUUCAGGCUGUCUGGGUUUGGACUGUGAGCUUACCUGUUACAGUGGUCAAUGCUAGUGACAGAAAUCCUUUUCUGCAGACUGAGGAUGUAGUGGGGUGGAUUAUGUGGUGUGUGGGUUUUAUAAUUGAAGUUACAGCAGAUCUGCAGAAAUUGAGUUUUAAAAGAUCUCCAGAAAAUAGAGGGAAAUGGUGUGACGUCGGACUCUGGAGAUAUUCUCGUCAUCCUAACUAUUUUGGUGAGAUUCUGCUCUGGUGGGGAAUUUUUGUGGCCUCUGCACCAAUUCUGAAGGGUGCUGAAUGGUUGGUAAUCUUUGGACCGAUCUUUGUCACAUUGUUGCUUCUUUUCGUCAGUGGCAUUCCACUACUUGAGGAAUCGGCAGAUAAGAAGUAUGGAAAUGUGGAAGCAUAUCGGAUAUACAAACGAAGGACAAGCCCUUUAAUUCCGGUGCUCCCUUCUGUCUAUGGAAGCUUGCCCUCGUGGUGCAAAACAUUUUUCCUCUUUGAAUUCCCACUCUACAAUCGUAAUCUUCCACAAGAAGGACUAAAUUGGUGUAGAACGAGCAAGGGGCAAGGCGGUGAUGCUUUGAAGAUGGGUUAGCACUUGGCUGUUGCAUUUGUUGUCAAAAGUCUACUAACUUCACGCUGAACUUGUAGCUGUCAUGAUUCAUGAAUAGUUUUGCUCUAACGUGUCUUCAAGGGCACCUUGUACAUUGUGAUGUUUAUUCACUUCAUCGCACUUUUUGACGCUUGUUACACAGAGGAGUGUUGGACCGUGAAGACAAAUUUUAGUCAUUUGUUCAUGCCAUGUAAUCAAUUGUUUAUCAUUUCAUUUGCCAAUGUCUAAUGCUAUCAGCUUUUCAGACCUAAA